AUGAUUCAUCGAAGGCUAACUUCAUCGUCUUUGCCAGAGUCCGGAGACUUUUCGAUCUUCUGUUAGUAAUAUAUGUCUAGAAAAAGUUUAAAAAGUUCGGAAAAGGAAGAAUAUGGGUUUUUUUUUUGAGAAUUUGCGCGUUGAAUUGACAAAAGACAUUUUGUGACAGUGCUUUCCAUACAUAUUGGAUUAUUCAGAUUGCUUCUUUAUGCUGCAGCUGUUACAUCGUGCAAUUAUUACCCUACUACUUUCAGGGUAAAUAUUUUUUUGCUUUUAAUAAGUGCAGUUUGAAAAUCACGUGUACAUACGUGUUUGUGUGUGAAAUUAUAGUGUGGUGCAAACAAAAUUAGACUACUAAUGGGUUUUGCCUAAAAUUUUUUUUCAUUUUGAAAUUACAAAUGAAUAGUUAGGAAAAUAAAAUUAAAAAAAUAAAUUCCCUCUUCAUCAGAUAACACUAUUUUUUCAAUAAUUUCCAGGUCAGCUUUAGCUCGUUCAUCAAACAACAAUUCUCACGAUGCCGAAAAAUUACCAUUCAAAAUUCUUGAACUCACAAACGAAUCGCUCAAAAAUGACACUCUUCUCCCACAAAGUGUGAAUAUCUACUACAUAAAAUUGAAUAUAUCGGAUGCGGUAAGUUUGUUUUUUGAGUUUUUUCAUUAACACUUUUCAUGUUCUUUUUUUUUCUCAAUGUCUCAUAUUAAAAAUUUAAUGGGUAUAGUUAAUAUACCCAUUGAAUCAAACUCGUAGAAUUCAAUUACUUAAGGGUACCAAAAAACAAGAAUUUUUUUUAAAAAGCUGGAGUUCGUAUGGAGUAUCUGAAAAGAGGCUUUGUACGCUGCGCGUUAUGAUUAUAGACCCACCAAGGGCUAGCUCUCAUUUUUAUCUUAUUACUCAUUAUUCUAUUUCCGGGGUGCGCCGUAGCGCAACAGGUUGUGUGUCUGCUUACGAUCUACAGGAUCACAAGUUAGACCCCCGUCUCGACCCAACUCAGGGGUUUAAGAAAUGUUGUUAGUGGGAAAAACCACGACAUCCAAAUCCCCAGCCGUCACACACUGGGACGGGCAGGUCACUCGAGCCAGUUCAAUGAUUAUCUCUGAUAUCAGGGUAGGACCUCGGGUAAUCGACUUGGGGCGCCGACGCCGCUCAAGCGGUACAAAGGCGUAGGGAGAAGAAGACUUAUUAUUCUUUUUUUUUUCAAUUUUGAAGGAUGUGAAUCACCCUAUCAUGAUCAAUGAUGUUUUGUGUGAUAAAAAAAUUUGCUCAUUUUAUCAGUUUUGCGACGAAGAUUCACAAAAAAAGGAGAUUAAAAAAAUGGCGCUUUCUUGGAAAUUCUUCGAAACGACCUCGUCUAUUCAACAGUCAAAAAAUUCUUUCUUUUCAGAGAUUUCAGCUUUUUUUUGUCAGGGACGUAACUUUCAACUAACUUUCACACCUUUCAGCUCGAUCUUUUCCGAAUAUUCUUUGAAAUUGAAGCACCGAAGAAGCUUUCCAGUUUUGGAAAUGACUCUUUUUUUGAAGCCGCCGUCAGUAACGGUCGAGACAGUGUAACAUUAUCACUUCCAUUGUUACUCAGGUUCAUUUUGAAUUAGAAAUAUCGAACUUUAAUUUUUUUAAGAAGUGGCCUCCGAGUAUUUCAAGAUGGCCGGAUAUUGAAACCUCUUCUGCCUGAAGAUUUCCGGAUAACGAAAAAAAGCAAAUCAGGUCUUCUUUCUUUCCUUCAAUCAUUAUUGUUGGUUUUCAGUUGAUCAAUUUCUUGUAAUAUCAAUCAUGUCGAGAAUCAAUCAAGAGAUCCCGUUUCGAAUGCAUUUGAAACGGUACGACAGGUCACAGUAUUUUGUUAAGUAGGUAACUUUAUUUUUUCAUUUCAUAGAAGUAUUUUGAAGGUUGUCAACGAAAAUUUCAAGCAGAACUUUGGCUAGUCAGACGGUGAAUCAUGUGAAGCCAUUAGCUUUUCGAAUCAACGUAACUGGUAGGAAAUUCUUGUUUUCUAAUUAGGACAGUCGAGAAAAACGGCUGACAAAAAAUUUCUUUUUGAAAAUUUUAUCAAUUUCUCUGAUUCAUAUACAAAUAGCUCAAUAUCGAUGUCAACAAAAAAAAAUAAACCAGAAAAAAACUGUUUAAAAAAAAUUUUGAGGAAGAAAAAUAUUGAAAAAAAGUCAUUUGAAAGUAGAGAGGUCCACAGAUUUCUGAGAAGGGGCAGUGAUGGCUAAACUGAAUUUCGAAUUUAUGCUUUUUCGCGGAAAGAAAUUUUGCAAGAAUGUUACGAGAACGCCUUAGAAUUUUCAAAUUUCAAAAUUUGAGAAAAAUUCGAGAGAUCAGAACUGCCAGAGGGCUAAAUUUUCCAAAGUACCCCCUUAUAGUGAUUGGAAGACGGCCGCAAAAAUAGACUGGUCAGAUAUUUUCUUGAAAAUCUCUUCUCAGACUUGCCGUCGUUCAUGGUUCGCGUAAGCAGUCCAGAUAAAAUCUGCGCCAGUCUUGUUUCGAUUGGUCCUGAGGUCGGAAAAUAUAUCCCGAUUCACUAAGUUCUACCAGUUUCAGACCAAUUUGUACAGUACAUCGCUUGUGCAGAAAGUCACCACGAAUCGAAUUCUCUCAUUCACUCAAAGAGCUGAUUUGUAUUUUUCCAAAGAAGAAGUUUUUUUCAUUUUUUUUUCAUCCCUUUCGCACUCAACUUCUUGUUCUUCAGGUGUCCAACCACCCAGCUGUAGAUGUCUUUGUUUUUGUCAAUGCGGACGACAGCGACUGUGGCAAUUUUUCAGAUUCGCGUAAAAAUAUAUUUAGAGGCUGUUUCAAAGUGAAAUAUUUUAGGCGAAUUGGCCAAGAACAAACAAAUAACUAUCUCAUUCUUUGCCCCGAACUCAGAAAACUUCUGGCUGGCCACUGUAGCGACUCCUAUCUCUUUCUUUUUGCCGUUUCUGAGCUGCUUCAUGUGGAUUUUCAUGAAGUUUGACUUGGUAUUUUGAUGUUGAAAGAAAGAAAUGCGCAAGGCACUCGGUUUUUAAAGCUUUAAAAAGAGAAUCUGUCUGUUAUGCAAUAAUUUUGAGUAUGGUAUUCCAGAAAGUUUCGCGAGGAGCGUGGGCGGAAGCGCGUUGCGGUAAGCUAUUCGCGGUUACAAAUCCAAUUUCAGAGGCUCAGGUAGAUGACGAAAAUUUGAUCCACCUAAAUGACUCUCCUAACUCAACGCUAGACUCCGGAGAAACACCAGUUUUAACUUUUUCACAUGACGUGUCUCCAACACCGCGACGGGACGAAACGUCGGAAGUCCACCAGUCCGAUCAGCACGAUAGACCUCAAGGUUUCAAUCUUUCCUCUUUCAUUCGAUUCCGAUCGCUUUUCAGAACUUCCUCCCGUAGAAUCAAGUCUUUUUCCUAUUCUAACGGGAAUUUUCCGCGAGCGCCAAGUCAAUUAUUAUCCAAUCGCACUUUUAUUUCCUAUUUUUUUGCACACGGCUACGGAGUAUUACAAGGUUUGAUUUGAGGGAUUUAUGUUUGGGUUGGCGCUCUAUUUUCCAAUUUUUAGCCCAAGUCUGACGCAAAAGGCAGUUCCACAAUAUUUUCAGCUAAAUUUAGCUUUUCAAAAUUUUUUUUACUAUAAAUCACUGAUUCUUUCCGAAUGUCCCACUUAAUUUCACCUUUUUUUAACUCUUCAGAUAUUAAUGUACUUAUCUAUAAAGUUGGUUGGAGAUCCUUUUUCAGGAAUAGGUGACCGAAAAAUAUUGAACAAAGAACCGUCAGACAACAUCCGUUAGGCCAUGAAAGGGUAGAAAAUAAGGAGAAAGACCGUUUAAAACUCGUAAAAGAUCCCUGUAACGAGGCUUCCAUUUUGCUAGGAUUCUCAAGGAUCAAGAAAGGUGAGAAAAGGGAUAGUCAGCAAUAAUGAUACAGAAGAGCUGAUGAUAUGGCUCGAAAAGGAAGCGUAAUGGGAUUUUUUUUCUUUCUUUAGAAGCCCUGAGAAAACCCCUAAUCUGUCUAAAAAGAUCAGCUUGCUAGUUAAUUCCGACAGCGUUCUGAAAACAAUGCAAACUGAACUAUUUCUUUGAAGUGAGCGUCUUUCAGAUUCCGCUUAUGGAAUUUAACAAUGACCAAAAAAUAGGAGACUACUAAGGCUGUUAAAAAUUUUCCGAAACUUGAACUGCACUGUGAUCCAUUACUGGAAAGCCGACGAUUCAGGCUACUUGAAGGCUUUCAGUGGCACAACUCGCCGUUGGCGAACCGCGAUGAAAUGUGUUUCCACAACUUUGCUUGUGCCCGUCCUCUAGGAGAGUUCGCCUCGUUCAAUCACAUAUACAGCAACGUCGGCUACGCUCUCUGUGGCUGUCAGUUCAUACUGGUCGUUCUUCUGCGAAAAGACAGAUACUCUGUGAGUUCUUCAGAGUAGUUUUUAUCAUUUUCUCGGUCUGAAGAAAUCUUCCGGCGUUUACUCUUCGACCGGCCUCGACGUGACCAUCGGAGUUUACCUUGUGAUGCAAGCUGUCGCCAGCGCCGUUUACCAUAUUUGUCCAAACAGCAUUGCUUAUCAGUUUGGUGCGUUUGCGAAUGUUUUUAUGGUCUGGGGAAGUCGAAAAGUAAUUGGAAAGCUAAAUUGAAAAUUUUCAUUCAGUUUUUGAACCCUCAUAGCACGAGUUCGUACGAGUAAGAAAAUGAUAAGGAAAGUUUUAAAAAAUUCAGAAAAAAGGGAAAUUGAACUCUUUACACAGCUCACCUACGUUUGUUUAUUGCAUCUUCAAUGUAAGAAUACAUGUGCCAUCGACUUUCAUUGAUUUAACUGUGUUUUUAAACGACGGCAGGAGCUGUGGCUUAGGCAGAGAAGUUGUGAAUUUGGCUCGUAGAACAUCAGGUACAAGAGAGGUCGUAGGAAGAAGUACGGUGCCGGCUUUCCAAAGGCCGAUGGCAGAGAUUGAGUCUUUUGCUGCAUGCAGCUUCCAAUUUUAUCUACCCCGGAGGGAUGAAAGGCUUGGUCGACCUUGGGGGAACUCGAACCUACGACCUCGCGGACGUUAGAAAUGAGUUAUGCCAGCUGAGCUAUGCCGCCCCCUCACCUACGUGGUUUUUGUGAACUUUCUACUAUUGGACUCUUUAAAGCCAGCCUCAUAGCACAAAUAGAAAAAUAGAAAAGAAAAAGUUGUGAGAAUUUGAAAGCUUCUAGAAAACUUGUUGUGAAUUUUCAUUAUAUUAGGUUGGUAACUAAGUUUCCGAUAUUUUUGAGGUGUGUUUUUGGUUAGGUCCCACGUUUUACUGAAUGCACUUCCUGUUUCGCCACUAGGCAUGCUAGCAGGAGGGAAGUCUCCUUUACGUAAACCACUGAUAGAUUCAGUCUCUCCUUUGCUCCCCUUCGAGGUUGCCCCAUAGGGACCGCAGGCAGUUUUCUAGACACCAUUAGACUUCAAUGAUUUUCAUAUGGCCGUGUAGCCCAUAGUCCUGACAGCUUUAAAAAAAAGAGAUCUUGGAAAAAGAUCGACUCUGAACGAAGAUACAGCCAUUAAAGCGCGCGUUUCGCGAUUUCAAUUCUCUGUAGAAAAUUUGGUCGAGGUCGCGAAAAAGGUGGGCGUUGCAAGGGUGGGGCGCGCUCUCAAAGACCAGUAAAAAAAUUAGAGAAAAAGUUUCUUGUUAAUUUUUUUUUUUUUGCACUAAAACACAGUAAUGUUGGUUUUUCAUUAUUGGAAAUGAUAGAACAAUGUCCAAAGAUGAGGACCAGCAAAAAUAAACACUGUAAAAGAAUAAGUUGAACGAUUUUCAGCGGCAAAAAAAAAGAAAAAUUACUGUAGUCUGUUCAGAUUUUAAAUGUCGAGCAGCUAACUCCGCCCCUGCUGAGAGGGUACCUUUUCGCGUCGAUGUUUUAACGCGCGGGACUAAUUUUGAUCUUUUUUGAUCUAAAAGAUAGAAAAAGAAGUCAAAAAUGCAGCCUUAUUAAAGGGCCAUCGUCAUCUGUAGAUAAAACAUUGACGCGAAAGAUAUUGUAGCCUUGGGGGUGGAGUUAGCUGAUUGACAUUCAAAAUCUGAACAGACUAUAUUCACGGAGUUUUCAAUGCUUUUGAUGUUCAAAACUGUUAAAAUAUCAUUAUGCCGUGUUCAAUUUGAUUCCGCGAAAUCCAAAAUUAUCUCUGACUCUCCAAAAUUUAGUGAUCUUUUCCUUUCUCUAACGGGUAUUUUGCAUUUCGCGGAAUCAAAUUGAAAACGGCAUUAGGAAGCAUGGAUAAACGCAAAUUCAUUACUGAACGUUCUCUGUUGAAUCAUGAAUUAAAUGAAGAGUUGUUUGUCGUUCGCGAAACUGUCGUUGAUCAAGAAAGGCGCCAUCCCUGUUUAAGGAUGAGAAUAACCGAAAAAAUUGAGCCGUGUUCAAAUUGAUUCCGCGAUAUCCGAAAUAGUCGUCAGAGAGUGAAAAGAUAGCUAAAUUUUGGAGAGUCUGAGAUAUCUUUGAGUUUCGCUAAAAUUACUUUAAACACGGCGAUAUGAAUCAUGGUAAGGCCUUCAAUAAUUGACCUGAACCUUUUCAGACACACCCUUCAUCGAAAUCUUGUGCUCUCUCAUUGUUUUGAGGCAGUGGUACGUGAGGAAACAGAUUCAUUCGGCUGCCCACGCCAAUUUCAUCGUUGUUUUGUUCCUCGUGCUUCAUUUCGUUGUUUCGGUUGGUAUUAAAAAGUGCUUCUGAUAAAAGAGGAAAUAUUUUAUGUGAUCAACCUCAGUUUGAAAGAUCGAAACUCGUACUGUGAAUAGAAAUACAUGAGUAUUUGAAACAUUUCGGGAUCUAGUUAUCAAAAUAAUAAAUUUCGAAUAAUUUCAAAGUUAUAGGUAAGUUAUAGUAAAUGUUAAAAAAAAAGUCUUCUGUUUAUUUUGUCUAAAUUUUUGCUCAUGAUUAGUUUCUCUUUGGAAAGUUUAGAAAUUGAGUUUUGAAAGUGAAUUAUUUUUUCCUAGCCUAAUGUGCCUUAUCUUUUUCUUCAGCUUGGCGAUCAUUGGUUCUGGACAAGAUAUCUUUUAGCGUGUUUCCAAAUGACUCUAGUUGGUACAGCUGUCCGAAGGAAGCUCCUCGAAAAUAAAGGUACGUGGUAGUUGAUUGUCUCGUCCUUAAGGGAGCAGAUCUCGUCAAUAAUUUACAAAGUUUUGGUUCAUAGUAAUAUUGCGAGAGUACAACGAAGAUGAAUUUAAACAGGAAUCGCGGCUGUCUCCCAGAUUGGGAGCGCUGCUUGGGCCUUGUCGACGGUGGUUCUGAAUGCUCUUCUUGUUAUAAACUACGCCAUUUUUGUGAAUGCAAUCCACCUGAAUCAGGUUUGUCGGAAGAUUCAAUACUGCGAUAAGAGUUUAUCUUGAGAUUUCGACAUUUUGCUGCCUUCUUAACGCUGUCAUUUAUAUUGCCUAUUACAUAUGGAUGAAGAAAGUGGUUUUCAAAGAGAAUAUUUCGAGAUUUUCCUACUCGAUGGGAGCAUUGGGAAUAUUUUUCUGGGCUCUCGCCGUAUCUUUCUUUGUUCACGACGAAACCGACUGGACGGUUUUUAACUCGCCUCUCUUCUUGUUUCAUUUUUCUUUUCAGCUUUCGCCGGCACGCAGUCGAGCGCUAAAUCAGGAAUGCAUUUUCUUGAACUUCUACGAUAGUCACGAUAUGUGGCACAUAACCUCAGCUUUUGCCAUUUUUUUCUCACUUUUGCUCAUCACAACGCUAGAUGACGACCAAAAUCAUGUUGAUAAGCACAUCUUGAACAAUUUUUGA